AUGGAUUCUGUGAAUGAAAGCGCAGAGCGCAUCAUGGAGCGAGUACGUGAAAGAAACAUGGAAUUGAGCGCUUCCAUGGAGCAGGAAAACGAAAACGUUCCCACAAUUAAGAAUCCUCUCGAAAAAAGUGAAGAUGUGUCAGGAAGUGCCGGCAAUGAGAUGCCUGUCGAUGUGCCUUCUGUAUCACCGCUCAAAAAUAAAACCAACAACGCUGUAUGCACCCGAGCGGACAAGCCAUCGUCGCCAGCGAAGACACCGUCAAGAAUGAAAUCGCGGUUUUCAGAGCUUGCAGCAGAAUACGAACAAUUUGAGAUUGAUCAGAACUGGCAUCCUCCGGCAUUGAAACCGAAGGAAGCUUAUAUGAGAGGAGUGUCUCCAAGGCUUAGCAUGGGAGAGACUAGACCUUCUGUACUGUGUACUCCUGCUGGUAUGGCUCAGCUGAAGACCACAAAUACUGCCAAAUCACCAAACAAAGAACCUUCACCUCUUAAACCUGUCACAGUAACUUGUAACAAAACUCCUCAGAAGCUUGAAACUGUCAAAGAAACGACGCGCCGAAUAACUUUUGCUCAACCGAUAUCUGACACUCACGUAAUGACGGAUGAGUCUUCUUUGUGUUCCACUAUUAACACUGCUGAUGAGAGCACAAUUCUUGCUGGAGCACCGCCAAUCCCAGCCUCUCGAAGUUUUACUAGAAAUAAGGAUGGCGAAGUCGAUCUAUCCAACGACGAAUAUGGAGCGCAUACAUUCACCAAAAAGUGGCUCGAUAAGCAGAAGUAG